GUUGGACCUGACAUGAAGAGGAAGAGAUAAAACAUCCUAACGGAAUUCUUUUAUUGCAAUACUGAAGAUCAUCAAUGGCCAGUUUUCAAAAACGCCGUAUGUAACAGAAAUGACAUCUUGGCAUUUCUAGCCCUGGGGACGGAAAGCUUAAAGCCUUGUUGUACGGAAAAACAACAGAAUAUCAACAAUUGGUUAGUACUAUAAUUUCGCCCUGGGGUGUCUCCUGUUAUUGGCUUUAUAUUCCAUCAGAUGUAAGUACCAGUAGGCUAUCGGAUCUGGCUUCUACAAGACGCAACUCGGUCAUGUUGGCAACAUUACACAUAUUGAUAAUGGAUAGACAGACACUAACCUGGUUUAUUUACGUUAUUUUGAUGGCUGUUGUUGUCUGUAAUGUCACUGAUAGGAACAAUAACGCUACAGAUGGUAAUACAACGGUUGGUGAUAUGAAUAAUUCAUCAACUGGACAACCCUGGAGUGUUAAAGCGAUAAACAGCACAGAAAGUUAUGUAAGCAAAUUGACGGAACAAUCAAUUUAUCAACAACCAACAACUAUAGUAAACUCCACCAAUACUACUAAUACAAACAUAACACCUACAGUUAUUGAAAAUAUUGACAAUAGUACAAACAAAAGUGACAAUAAUUUAACAACAGAUUCGAUCCCAGUUACACAACUAGUCAACAGUGAAUUUGACACCUUAGAAAACGUUACAAAAAUGGGUAAUACAGACCAUGAAACAACUAGUGCUCAAUCAACUGCUGAAGUUUCAACACAAUUUGACAAAGAACUUGUUACAACUGAGCCCGAGCGGCGUGGUCUCAUUGCGGAAUCACCUACGGAUGGUUCAACAUUGAAUGGCGAUCGAGGUAAAAUUUCCUCAACUGAAAGUAUGUCAGUUGAAACUAGUUCUACAACACGUGUCCUCACAGAGAGUAAAAUAACAACCCCUGAGUCGAUAGUUGAACUCAUUAAUGAUAAUGCAUCACCUAAUAUCACUGGAGAUAUGCUUGAUAGCCCAUCGCUCAGUAACAGUACAAAUUCAACUCAAUCAAAUGACACGACGCCAACACCGAUAAAAAACUCAACCCAUACUAGCAGUAACGAAGGUACCCCUGCUUCGAGCACAACAAAUACAACACCUAAAGAUAAUAUGCCCAAUGAUACACCAAAUACACCAAAUCGUGACAUUAACUAUUUAGACAAAUCAGUAGAUAAAAUAGCUAUCGAUAUGCCUCCUACAGAACCAGAAACAGACCUUUUCGCUGACGAAAACUCCUCAGAUUGGUUUUCGAUAAGUAUGUUAAUUGUAUUACAUUAUUUAUGUUGUAUGUUCCUGGUGUUUGUUUUCAAGUUUACGGUCACACUGGUAUGCAACUUUUGUUUUUUAUAAGCAGUAUUGUGAUAUGUUGCUCAUCAACGAUCGAAAAUACGAGGAAAUGUUGAAUUUGUACAUCAGCUCCUCGUCUAUGGUCUUGAACUGUUAGUACGAAGUGUACUGAGCCGUGACUACAUGAGUUGAUAUUCAAGAGAUUUAUUUUUAUUAGUUAUGAUGAUGUGGUAAACCUUUACUUUAUCUAG